AUGUCGUCUUUAUAUGGAAGUCAGGUUCCCUGGCCAGAACUCCCUCCACCGCAAUCUGCGCAGCCACACCAAUCAUUAUUUGGAGGCCCAAGCAGUGAUGUCGGUUUGCAACCUUCCUCUCAGCCAGAACCGCCAAGAAGUUCUCUUUUCGGAGGCCCCAUCAAGGAAUAUGAUCAUUUAGAGCCACUCUCCGAAGCAGAGCCCAUGGAUGAGGCACUAGAUCAAGUCGAAAGUGAAUUUGAUAUGAUAAUGCGAGAGCAGCCCUUGGCGUUCCAGGAUGACUCUGAUGACGAAAGCUAUGAGGAAGGUGAUCGUGGUAGAAGUCGCACACGCGUAAAAAGGGCACAGCAGUCUCAGCAUGACCCAAUUUACUACGUAGUUGACCGAGGUCUUGACUUACGACCUGGGGUUGAGCGUCCUAAUCUAUUUGAUGGGCAUGCCACUUCAUGGAGGAACUACAACGCCGACGAUAUCGGAGCAUACAAUGCAAUGGUCAUCAACCGAACCAGGGAUUUGGCCGCUCAUCUUUACAAUGCCCAUGCGAUUCGCAGGCGAGCCCGGGAUGCUGCGCAGAAGAACCCUGGAGUCGUCCAAAAAACGCCACUCCAUCUGAGCAAGCGAUGGGCUGCAUGGCCUGUUCAUGCAACAAAAGUUCCCCGUGCCAACGAGGUCAUCCAAAGAAUAAUGGAUGACCCUGAUAGGUAUCAAAUGCAAUCUGAUCCCCGACCUAGUGCGGAAUUGGAGGAAUACCUCACCGCGUUCAUACUGAAGGCCUCCAAGGAGGCCCUUCAGGCCCGAGAGGUGGAUUUUGAAGAAAUUCAAGAUACUUUGGAGGAUCAGUUGAAUGACGGGGAUGAACUUAUGGAAGAUGAAUCGGCCAAGAAGGAGGAGGAAGAAGAAGAAGAAGAAGAAGAAGAAGAAGAAGGACAAGAGCCUGUCGAUACAAGAAUCCUCCGGCCGACAGUCCUAAUUGAUGAGGACAAAUCUCUUCGCCAAUUACGUCCACUAGUCCGCAAUGUGAUCUCACAGGUAGACCGGCUACUCUAUGGGCUGCAUUGCGCCAUGAAAGGUCGCAAGUACGAGGAAGACUCUGCUGACGAGCAAUGGACUGAUUCGGACGAAGAAGAUUACCAGACUCGAGAGAGCCACAAACGCAGAAGUAGAAGUCGAUCGCGUGGUCGAAGAAGUGGUCGUCAGUCUCAUGAGCGAGAAACAUCACGCCAUUCCAAAAGUGCACGCAUAUCCACUGGAGUCGAGACCGAAGAUGAAAGUUUGCCAGACGUUUCCCAAACCCGCGCACAAUCUCGCAACUCCCCUUCUGGUGAUGGCGAUCAUCACAACAAGGGCCGACUCAAAUUGCGAGACUGGAGUGAAGUAUUGGGACUGGCAUCAAUGAUGGACCUCCCCGCGCCUGCGGUAAUGCGCGCCUCAAAGCGAUGCGCAGACCUUUUCGGUGAAGACAUGGAAUUCCGUAUAAUGCCUGAAGGCAGGGUCAGAAAGAAAAGGAAGGCAAAUUCCCGAGAAGAAUAUGUCUACACCGAAAGCGAGAGCGAGAGUGACUCGGCGCCACCAAGCCCUGAGCCAGCUGCCCGGCCAAGUCACAAGCGCAAACCCAAAUCCAAACCUGAAGCUCAACCCAAGGCCAAGGCCAAGGCGAAGAUACCAAGCCAGCGUCGCUCGAAAACAUACAUGACUCCUGCAAUUGUUCCUCCCUCUGCAUCCCCAUCCCCAGCCCCGGAGGCGCCGCCAGAACCAGUGGAACCUGCUGUAGAGAACACAGAACAGCAGACCGUCGAUCAGGAGCCAAAGACGGUCAAACCAGGCGUUGGAAAGGGUCCUCAUCGGAAAGUGGAUAUUCUCUGCCCUGUCAGGUCCUGUACUCGACAUAAGAACGGGUUCUCUCGAAAAUGGAACCUCAACCAACAUUUGAAAAAGGCUCAUGGUAUACAUGUUACCCCUGGGAAGGAAACCUCGAUUGAGCGGGAUGAUCAAACUAUCAUGAUUGAAUAG